AUGCGGCGCAUCGGACAGCUCUACCACUACUGGCUGCAUGAAGCCCCGCUAGUGACCAAAGCAUUAACUGCUGCCACUCUAUCGGGCGUCGGAGAUAGAAUUGCACAGCGUAUCGAGGCCAGCAACGCUCCAGCCACCGAUGUUGACCACGAAACCAGUCGCGCGGGCAACGACGAGCUUGUGAGUCAAAGUACAGCACGGACGCUGCGUAUGAUGGUGUGGGGAGGGUUAUUCACUGCCCCCAUCAUGCACACGUGGUUCCACCUCAUUGAGCGUGCAAUUCCCGGCACAGGCAAGGUUGCGGUGGCCAAGAAAGUAGCAGCGGACAUGGUGAUCGUGGCGCCAGCCAUGGCUCUGGGCUUUUUCACAGUGACUAAGAGCAUGGAGGGCGAACGACUCAGCGAUGCGUUUGAAAUCGCAAAGACCAAGUUGUAUCCUACGAUGACCAUGAACUACAAAGUGUGGCCCGUGGCCAAUCUCAUGGUGUUCACUCUCAUUCCGUUCCAAUACCGCACACCUUUCGUCAACUGUGUGAGUUUGGGUUGGUCGACGUACUUGUCCGGAAUGGCCAGCAAGAAGAUAACGGAGGACCAGGAGGUAGGAAAUGCCGUGACGGCGUAGAUUUUACUUAGUUUCAAUGGAUUAAAAGCAAUUUUGCAGCUUUUUUUUUUACUUGGCC